AUGGCCAAAACCAAGGAUGACGCUCUUGUCACGUCCUCUGAAGUUGAUAGUCAGGAUGACCUGGAUAAAGUGGGAUAUAGGAGCGAAUUUAGGCGAGAGUUUUCGCUGCUAGAGACCGUGUCAUUCUCCUUGGCUAUUAUGGCAGUAUCUUGCGGUAUCACCACAGGAUAUCAAUAUCCUUUGCUGUCUGGUGGCCAUAUGGCCAUUAUAUGGGCCUGGUUCAUAGCAUCGUUCCCCGUCAUGUGCAUUCCUGCAUCAAUGGCAGAACUUGCCUCAUCUAUGCCAACUAGCGCAGGCCUUUACUACUUCUCUGCUAAAAUGGCCUCCGAAAAUCGCUCUGCCCUGGCCAGUUGGAUUACGGGGUGGUCAAACAUCACCGGUCAGAUCACUCUUGUCUGUUCCAUCAACUACUCUAGUGCAAUCAUGAUCACGUCGGCCAUCUCAAUGGCCACAGAUGGGGCCGUAAUUUUGACUCAGGCGGCCACGUUCGGAAUCCUGAUGGCCAUUCACUUCACGCAGGGUAUCAUCUGCUCGGCUGGGACGCGUGUCCUCGCUAGAAUGACUGUAGUUAUCAUGGUGAUUAUCUUGGGCACUACGUUCUCUGCCAUCAUCGCUCUGCUUGUGUGCGCAGGUGACAGGAGAGUAUCCGCCAAAACGGCGUUCACCUCAUUCGAAAACAACACUGGGUGGGGGAACAAUGGAUGGGCCUUCAUUCUGGCAUUUACCUCACCGAUGUGGUCCUUGACUGGUUAUGACUCCGCUGCUCACAUCGCUGAAGAGACGGCAAACGCCGCGAGAGCUGCGCCGAUAGCGAUCCUUGUUGGCGUAGCGGCCACAGAGAUACUUGGAUGGUUAUAUUACAUUGCAGCCUCUUUUGCGACGCAGUCAGUCACGGAAACCCUGCAGACUACUUUGCCUCUACCCAUGGGCCAGGUCUUUUUAGAUACUUUGGGUAAAACGGGAUCUCUGGCGUUGUGGAUACCCAUUGCUGUGCUUCAGUACAUGUGCGGAUGCUCACAGGCUGUUGAUGCUUCUCGAGUCGUGUUUGCUUUCUCCAGAGAUAAUGCAUUGCCCGGCUCACGCUGGUGGAAACAUAUCAACCCUUAUACCCUCACUCCAAUCAACGCUGUCUGGUUUGUCAUUCUUAUGUCGGCCAUCUGUGGAAUUCUUUCGUUCUCUGCAGCAGCGUUCGAUUCCCUCGCUUCUGCUUCGGUCAUCGGUCUAUAUGUUUCCUACGUCACCCCCAUAUACUUUCGGAUUACCUCUGGCGAGAAAAAGUUUAAACCCGGGCCGUUUAGCUUAGGGAGAUGGUCAAGACUAUCUGGAGCCAUCUCCGUUUUGUGGACAGUAUUCAUGGUGAUCAUGUUGCUGUUCCCAUAUGCACGCCAAGUAGACGCCCAAACCAUGAAUUACUCCGUGGUACUGGUAAUGGCGGUUGCUUUGUUCGCUUCCCUAUCCUGGAUAUUCUCCGCGCGGCAUUGGUUUACCGGGCCCGUACCCAAUAUAGACAACAAAAAGUAUGAGAAUGAAAAAGAGGAGAGUACGUAG